GCCAGCCCACAGUAGGGUAGUGCACCUAACAUGUAGCGUACAACCUUCGUUCGAGUGCGAUGUCAUUUUUUCGAAUCCUGUGCAUUCAGAUGUAAAACGGAAGCAACACAGGAAAAACACAUUUUAAUGUAUAGAAAUAUAAAUAAAUAAUCCAGUGAGAGAAUAUAAUCGCAGCAAAAUGUUGCCACACAUCAUAAUACCACUACUAACAGUGCUAUCUCAAACAGUAUCUCAAGAAAUAUACAGUGACCCCAGCGAUGUGAACAUGGCCUUAAUCUUGAACAAGUGCAAUAGUGCGACUCCAUAUAGCACCCACAGUGUUGUAAACUCAGCUAUAUGGACCACCCAACGUAUAAACUUCCUUGAAAUCACAUCCCCUUUAAAGUUCGGCCUUACAGUCAUCCAAACUUGCUCACAAAAAGAAAAUAUGAACACUAUAUUCAACCUAUACAACUCAAGUGAUGAACAUUACCUAGUCGGUGUUAUAAGUGAAGAACGUUUCGAUGACAAAACUUCUCGCUUCAGCGAUAUUCUCGAUAUACAACGGAAGGUUAUCCCCAAAAUAUACAAGGCAAUCAUCAAAAGCACUGUCGAAUUCAUGUCGAUGAUGAAUUGGUUCGAAAACGUAACCGUAACAGUGACUUCAGAAAGGUUUUUAAGUGAGUUUUACACCUACGCGACAAGAAAAUUUAUCUGCAUCAACAGUUACUUAAUAUGGAGAAACACCCCAAGCUUCAAUAACAUAUCUUCAGACACCGUCAUUUUCUUUGGAAACAAAGAUGAUAUAGACCUAAUGCUCACCAAGUAUGAAGAUAGAAUAUUCUAUAAUAAUCUUUUAAUAAUUCCAUUAGACUCUUCUGUACCUAAAGAUUUACCCCAGGAUACAUAUGUUAUGAUACCAAAUCAUGGCCCAAUCUCAAAAUACUACAAAAAAUCAGCAAACAUAGUCCUAACCCCUCAAUUAUUUGAUAUAGCUACUCCAAUGCUCAACUUUGCUCACACAAUUGGAAAAUACAUAAAAACAAACUGUAAUGAAACGGUAUAUAAAAUAAACUGCUUAAGAAGUACGUACCACGAUAUUUUUCCGAGAAGAAUUAUAUCACCUCGAGAAGUUAUGGAGAUACUUAAAAUUCAACCUUUGACAGAACACUUUGUAUACAACAUAUAUCUAGCAGAUGAUGUAAAUAAUAGUGUAACGUUAAAGAAAAAUAACUAUAUACACCCCUACACUAAAGUAUUUACUUAUAAUGUUCUUACUGAUAAAUGGUUGGUACACAAUGUUUCUGUCAUAUUAGAAAACAUAGAAAGUCAUAAUGAAACUGAAGAAUUCUGCAAAGAAAAUGUGGAUUAUUGCAUAAAAAACUGCAAGAACUAUCACCAGAAUAUUCUGGAUAAUAGGGAAAUAUUUGGAGAAUCAAUAUUUGACAAUAUUUAUAUCAGAACUGAUUCGUGGGUGUAUACAUUCCUAUCAUUAUCAGCUCUAGGGAUCUUAUUUUGCAUCGCCAUACUGUUUUUUAUAUUUAUUAGUAUAUGUAGACGUGAUAUUUUGGAAGGAAAUCCCUCUUUAACCAUAUUUUUAUUAGUCACAGUAAUGUUAAUGUUCCUUUCAAUUUUACCAUUCUGUAUCAAUGUAACCUCAAUUCACGCUAGAGACACACUAUGUCACCUUAAAGCCAUGGCGGUUACAGUUACAUAUGCCCUGGCUUUUUCAUUGAUAUUAUCCAGAAGUAUACUUUUAGCUUCAGCUUCAAAAGAGUUGGGUUUUAUGUCCCACAUAUCAGGUUCUGUGCAAUCUUUUCUAUCCCUUUUUAUAUUCGGUGUACAAGCCGCUUUAUGUCUGCAAAUUAUGGGAAGAUGCGAUGAGAUUUUCCGUGGUUAUUCCUUCAUAUUUUUAAUAUCAUACAAUGUAAUGCUUCUCUUACUUCUCCUAUGCCUAUGCCCCUUAAUUUACAAAUGUCAAAGAAAUUUCCGAGAAGGAAAAUACUUCGUAAUCGCAAUAUGUCUAACAACAGUUUUUUGGUGCCUUUGGAUACCAGCAUACGCUUGCUUUAAGCAUCAAUGGAAAGAGCCUAUAUUAUGUUUUGGAUUGGUUUCUACAGCUAGUAUACUAUUGGGAAGCAUUUUCGUACCCAGAACAUACCAGAUGACCAUAGCAGUGGCUAGAGAUCGGAUUACCAGCAGAUUACCAUCAUUGGCCACAGCCACAAGUACGAUGGAUAUUUAUAGAGCUAAUACACAGCCUGUUUAUGACUGCGUGAACGUGGCCGCUAUAAAUGCAGCAAACGUCGCCAGGGCCGGAAUGGUUGGUACAGGCAUCCAGCAGCCAGAUCUGUACAGUUGCCCGGCUCUUCCGGCCGACGAUGACAUCGACUUCCGAUGUGACAGUCCGCUAAGUAGCGACAAAGUUACCAGAUUUUAAUAAAAAUAUUUAUUGUGUGUGGAUAAUUAGGUCAAAGGCGAUAAAAAUGAAAGUUGUGUUUGAAUGUAUAAAGGUAGAGUGGAUUUUUGCUCGAUA